CACCGGCACAGCUAAAAAUUGAGAUCAGAGGUCAGCAAGAGGAGAUGAAAGAUUAAAAACAUCAACCAUCUGCAUCAGGAUUCCAAGUGUUCACAACAAAGUUCGUCUUUACAUAAAAAUAUCCCAGUAAGAAGAAGUGAAACCAGAAGUGGAGAUGGACCUGUAUGUUGUUCUCAUCAUUGCAGGAUUCUGUAUUGAUGCGGCUUUUCCUCUCAAAUCAUCCAAGAGAAGAUUUUUAUUAAAACACUGGGGAGAUCACAGAGUACAACUGACACAGGAGUGUCUGUCUGGGGAUGGGAGCAAUUACAGGGGAUCGGUUUCAGAGUCGGUGCGAGGCCGUAGGUGUCUCUACUGGAACAAGUUUACAAAUCCCUGGGGAAAUUCAGAGGGAAUUGGCAAGCAUAAUAACUGCAGGAAUCCUGACCAGAAUUUAAUGCCUUGGUGUCGUGUCCGAAGAGGAAGAAAGAUUGUGAGAGAAUUCUGUGAUAUCCCAAAAUGUCCAACAUCGGCACCAAAACCUCCAGUAUCUCCAGCUGUGGACACAGAGCUGACAUGUGGGGAGACAUCUGAGAGAAAGAUGAAUAAAAUCGUGGGUGGUUCUUUUGCACCUAUACAUUCACACCCAUGGGUGGCAGCUAUCUUUCAUCGGCAGGAUGGUUUUCUCUGUGGCGGCUCUCUCAUUGCACCGUGUUGGGUUCUUACAGCGGCACACUGCUUUGCUUACAGUGAGUUUUCAACCACAAAGGAUUUGACUGUGUACCUGGGAAAGAAGGCCAUCAACGAAACAGACAUCAGCACAGAACAAAAGUUCACUGUAGAAAAACUGAUCAACCAUCAAACAUUCAGCGAGGACAGUUUCAACAACGACAUAGCACUGCUGAAAAUAAAAAGCAAACACGGUAGAUGUGCCGUGAAGUCUCCAUCUGUUCGGACAGUUUGUCUCCCUCCACUUCACACGAAGCUUCCUGCGGGAUUGCAGUGCAGCAUCGCAGGAUUUGGCAAGGAGAGACUAGGAGCGCUACAUUUCUCACAGUACUUGAAACAGGCAAAGGUGGUGCUCCUCUCCCAGACUGUCUGUCAGCGAGAGCAGCACUAUGGAAACCGCAUCACUGAGAACAUGUUCUGUGCUGGUAGCCCUGACUACAGCACUGAUGCUUGCAAGGGCGACUCUGGUGGGCCUUUGGUGUGUGAAUUUUCUGGAAAGAUGUUUCUGUUUGGGGUGGUGAGCUGGGGUGAAGGCUGUGCAAUGCAGAAUAAACCAGGUGUUUACACACGCGUCACCAACUUCAACAGCUGGAUUGCAGAGAAAGCGGGGCUUCAUAACUACACAGCAGGAGUCAUGUAUCCAAUAAAAUGAUGCCCUGGGGUGGUGGUGGUGGUGGGCGGGGAUUGGGUCAGUAA